UUUCAUCCAGAAUGCGCACUCUCCCACUCACUCGUAGUCCAUUUAUUACACGCCGCUGCCUCACCACUCUCGGUCUGCGAAGGGAAGACCCCUCCAGGAUAUGGGAAAGGCGCACCCCACUUACUCCGCACGCAGUCCAGAGCCUCUUGGCAGACGCCAAAGAUCAGCUCAAGGUCGAGGUAGAGAGCUGCAAGAGGCGAUGCUUCCCAGAUUCCCUAUACUCUGAUGCUGGCGCAAAGAUUGUGCCUUCUCUAUCAAAGGACGUGGACGUCAUACUGGGCAUCAAAGAGCCCCGCUUGUCUGAUAUCCGCAAUCUGGUAGAGGCUUCUAAGAAUGAAGGCAAGAAGCGAACAUGGAUGAUGUUCUCGCACACUCAUAAAGGGCAGGAAUACAAUAUCCCUCUUCUUUCUGCUUUUCUUCACCCAACUCAGACACUCAUCGAUCAUGAACUAUUGACGGCCCCGGCUCCUGGCAAGGACGGUAAGCCACAGCUGAAACGUGUCGCCGCAUUUGGAUGGUUUGCAGGUGCUGUGGGUGCUGGGGAGGCACUAUCUCUUACCGGCCUUGCUCUUUUGCGGAGGGGACUUGCUACCCCUUUGCUUAGCCUCUCACGACCUUAUUCUCUUGGCUCAUUGGCUGCGUUCAAGGAAGCUCUAAAGAAGGCGGGUGAAGAGGUAAAAACUUCUGCUGAUCUCAAAGGACAAGAACCGAUCGUCAUCGGCGUCACUGGAGCCGGGAACGUCUCAUCUGGGGCCACAGAAAUGCUUAAUGAACUCGGUGUGGUAUGGGUAGGCCCAGAGGACCUUGCUGAUUUGAGGCAAAGCGGAUCUCCAAACAAGAUCUAUGCUUGUGCAAUCACUCCUGCUUCCUACCUCCAACGUAUUGAAGGUGGUAUAUUUGAUAAACAAGAGUAUUACAAAUCACCUGACAAGUACAUGAGCAUCUUUGCGGCCAAGAUUGCGCCUCACUUGACUACUCUGAUCAAUGGGGUUGGGUGGAGCAAAGGCUUCCCUCGAGCCAUCACUAGGCCUAGCCUGAAUAAACUUAUCGAAAAGGAAAACGGAAAGCAGAAGCUUGUAGCCGUGCAAGAUAUAACUUGCGACAAGGAGGGUGGACUUGAAUUCGUGGAUCAAUUCACCACCGUCGACAAUCCCUAUUUUGAAGGUCCUGGAGAUAUUCUUAUUAGUGCAAUCGAUAUCCUCCCUACGGAGCUUGCCGCCGAUGCGUCAAGUUAUUUCUCUUCUGCUCUUUAUCCUUACAUUCAAGGCCUUCUAUUCCCGUCUGGCCAAGGUGACAAGAAUGAUAUAACAGAAACUCUAUCACGGGCAGCCAUCGUCAAGGACGGUGUUCUCCAGUCCCAACACGAGUGGUUAGGAGAGAAAAUCGAGCAAUGGAAGACAGGAGGUGCUGUUGCGCCAGAUUCUCUCAAGCAGGAGAAAUUGAGGAAAGGAGGAAAGAAGAAGGUGCUGCUCCUUGGAAGCGGCCUGGUGGCAGGCCCUGCGGUGGAUGUUUUUGCGGCGAGACCUGAUGUUCAUCUGAUCAUCGCCAGCAACAAUCUUGCGGAGGGUCAGAGUCACAUUCGUGGCCGUCCUAAUGUUGAGGCUAUGGCCCUUGAUGUGGCUGACGAUGCCAGCAUGAGUGAAAUUGUUGAAGAAGCGGACAUCGUCGUCAGUCUCCUUCCUGCACCCAUGCACCUCCGUGUGGCUAAGCAUUGCCUCGACCACUCCCGUCAUCUUGUCACGGCUUCUUACGUCUCCCCCGAGCUUCAAGCUUUGCAUUCGCAGGCAAUUGAAAAGGACGUCAUCUUCCUCGGGGAAUGCGGCUUGGAUCCAGGAAUUGACUCCAUGGCUGCCAUGCGGAUCCUGGAGAGGGCAAAGAGAGAGGGUAAGCAAGUCAAGUCGUUUGUAUCGUGGUGCGGUGGCCUGCCAGAAUUGAGCGCGAGCAAGGUGCCUCUGAGGUACAAGUUUUCUUGGAGUCCCAAGGCAGUCUUGACCGCUGCACAGAAUGAUGCCUCGUAUAAAUUGGAAGGCAAGCAUGUGAAAAUUCCAGGAAAUGAGCUGUUGGCAAGACGCUUUCCCGAGGUAAAAUUAUGGGAUGGGUUGCCGCUGGAAGGUUUGGCGAAUCGUGACUCAAUGCCCUAUGCUAAAAAGUACGGGCUUGGUCCAGCUGAAGGACUGACCGACCUCUUCCGAGGAACUCUUCGUUACCAAGGGUUCUCAUCACUUCUUGAAUCCUUCCGCCUGCUCGGUCUUCUUCGCUCUGACCCUCUUCCUGGUUCUCCGAAAUCUUGGACCGAGUUUCUUUCAAUGACUGUAGAAAGGGAAUUGGGCCUGAGCAAAGGGUUGAAAGGGGAGGACGUAAGCAGUGCUGUGCAAGAUUUGGUCGGGGAGGGAAGCAAAGAUGUUAUUAGGGCCUUGAAGCUUUUCUCGCUCUUCCCAGGCAGCGACACUUCCUUGCUUCCUCUGCCGAACCUUCCCACCCCUUCUCCCAUUGAUUUCUUUGCCCAUCUCCUUUCUCGCAAACUUGCCUACCUUCCUGACGAGCGGGACACGUGUCUUCUUCAUCACUCGUUCACCAUCUCAACUCCCUCUGGCGAUACGCAAAAAGUGACAGCCUCUCUCCGCCACAUGGCCACUCCGACGCAGUCCUCCAUGAGCAUCACAGUCGGUAAGACGUUGGCCUUUGCGGCUCUGAGGAUUGCGGAUGGGGAGGUGAAGGUGAGAGGUGUAACCGGACCAUAUGAACCAGAAGUUUGGGCAGGAGUCUUGAGUUCGUUGGAAGGAGCGGGUGUUGUAAUCGAGGAGAAAUGGCACUGAGCAAUUUACCUGUAUUUAAUAUGAUUCACGAAAGAAAUGAGUUAAAGCACAUCAAUAACAUGGCAUGCAGCAUUGAAUCGCGUUA